UAUGCAAUAAAUAGAUUAGAGAUUGAGCUAGGCAUUUCCUCCAAACUCUUAAAGUAACACUAGUUACAUUGCUGAAAUACAUAGUGUAUUAGCAAAUGUUAAGAUAGAUGACAUAGGAUUUAAAGAUAUUAAAUUUAGAACUAUUCAAACUAAGAGAGAUAUUGCUUAACUUAAAUUAUUGCAAUAAGAAUGGUUCCCUAUUAAUUACAGUGAACAAUUUUAUUUAGCUAUUUUGAAUGGGUUUACUUCCUCUCUUAUAGCAGAAAUAGAAAUUAAAUUCCCAACAGGAAGAAAGGAAAAAUACAUUAUUGGAGCAAUGAUUUAUUAAUCACGUCAGAGUAAAUCAAAAUAUCAAUAGACUCAGACAUGGAAAUAAUGGUUUUGUUCAUUGUUUUAAACGAAAAAUGCUCUAUACAUAAUGACAAUAGGAGUUAUCAAUGAGUUUAGGGGAAGAGGAAUUGCAGAAUAUAUGAUUGAAUAGUUAAAAAAGAGAGUAUUAGAGUCCAAUAAGACACUUUCUUAUAUCUAUCUGGACAUGGUUGUUUAUAAUGAGGUUGCAGCUAGAUUUUAUUAAAAGAAUGGGUUCAAUAGAGUUAGAAUUAAGAAAAACCAUUAUGAAAUAGAAAAUUAAUAAUUCGAUGCAUAUGUAUAUGUCUGGUUACCUAAUUGA